AGUCUGAAUGGGUCCUCGAGCCGGGGGCCGCGGUGCCGGGGCCUCCGGUUGACAGAGUGGCGCCUCGGCCGCCGCUUUUGUGUGUCGCUGGGCCGCCAGGUUCAUGUGGAGGCUCUCAGGCUUCCGCGCCGCGCUUCGUAGGGUCCGGAGGGCGGUGGAACAGUGCAGCCGGACCGAGGCGGCCGCCGACCCGGCGCGGGCAGCCAUGGAGCGCGCUGUAGUGCGCUGCGUGCCCUCGGAGCCCAAGCUGAGCCUGUCGUUUGCGCUGGCCGACGGCAGCCACAAGAACAUGCAACGGGACCAGAGCGAGCCGCUGGGCCGGGCCCUCAGCCGGAUCGCCACCAACGCGCUCAAGGGCCACGCUAAGGCGGCUGCCGCCAAGAAGAGCCGGAAGAACCGGCCCGGCGCGAGCGGUGGGGCGGCCUGCGCCGGGAGCGUGUCGGAGCCGGCCGCGGCCUGCGAGCCGGUGGUGAAGCUCUACUACCGCGAGGAGGCCGUGGCCGAGGACGUGCUCAACGUGGACGCCUGGCAGGACGGCGCCGUGCUGCAGAUCGGCGAUGUCAAGUACAAGGUGGAGCGCAACCCGCCCGCCUUCACCGAGCUGCAGUUGCCGCGGUACAUCAUGGCGGGCUUCCCGGUGUGUCCCAAACUCACCCUGGAGUUUGGAGAUCCUGCCGGGUCCCUGUUCCGCUGGUACAAGGAAUCCAAACCCGGAGCGGCCGAGUCCGAGGGCAGCGGCUCCUCGUCGUUGUCUCCCGCCACUCCGCCCGCUACCUGGACCGAGACCGGUGUGGAGGAGCGCGUGUACACCCCGAGCAACGCUGACAUCGGGCUGCGGCUGAAGCUGCGCUGCACGCCAGGCAACGGGCAGCGCUUCGGGCCGAGCCGGGAGUUGGAGAGCGUGUGCCCGGUGGAGGCCGGGCCCGGCACGUGCACUUUCGAUCACCGGCAUCUCUACACCAAGAAAGUGACCGAGGACGCGCUCAUCCGCACGGUGUCCUACAACAUCCUGGCCGACACGUACGCCCAAACUGAGUUCUCGCGGACUGUGCUGUACCCUUACUGUGCCCCCUACGCCCUGGAGCUCGACUACCGCCAGAACCUUAUCCAGAAGGAGCUCACGGGCUACAACGCCGACCUCAUCUGUCUGCAGGAGGUGGAUCGGGCCGUGUUCUCGGACAGCCUGGUUCCCGCGCUCGAGGCCUUUGGGCUGGAGGGGGUGUUUCGAAUCAAGCAACACGAAGGCCUGGCCACUUUCUACCGGAAGUCCAAGUUCAGCCUCCUUAGUCAGCACGACAUUUCUUUCCAGGAAGCUCUAGAGUCAGAUUCACUUCACAAAGAACUGCUGGGGAAACUAGCUUUGUACCCCUUGGCACAGGAGAGGGUGCUCCAGAGAUCCUCGGUCCUCCAGGUUUCAGUUCUUCAGUCUACAAAGGACUCUGCUAAAAAGAUAUGUGUUGCUAAUACCCAUCUUUACUGGCAUCCAAAAGGUGGGUACAUUCGACUCAUUCAAAUGGCUGUAGCUUUGGCUCACAUUAGACAUGUCUCAUGUGAUCUGUAUCCCGGUAUACCAGUUAUAUUUUGUGGGGACUUUAAUAGUACACCAUCAACAGGAGUAUAUCAUUUUGUCAUCAAUGGCGACAUUGCAGAGGAUCAUGAAGACUGGGCUUCCAAUGGGGAAGAGGAAAGAUGCAACAUGUCUCUUACACACAGCUUUAAACUGAAGAGUGCUUGUGGUGAACCUGCUUACACAAAUUAUGUGGGUGGCUUUCAUGGAUGUCUAGAUUACAUUUUCAUUGACUUAAAUGCUUUAGAAGUUGAACAGGUGAUUCCAUUACCUAGCCAUGAAGAAGUUACCACCCACCAGGCCUUACCUAGUGUUUCCCAUCCCUCUGAUCACAUAGCAAUUGUAUGUGAUUUAAAAUGGAAGUAGAUUUCUGUUUGGUGGAAUUGAUUUUAAGUCUGAAAAGGAAGUAAUUUGCUUUGCAGAAAAUCUGAACCAAGUCUUACAUGUAACCUUCAAAGAGGAAAUCCAGACAUUAAGGUAAAACUACAUGUUUCUUCCCUACUAGUUAUGUUCCAGUCUUUGUUAUAAGACCCUCAUAAUGUUUGCGUCGUAUAGUUUCUCUCUGCCUUUUUUAAUUUCAUAAACUUGGAGUAAAAACAAAUGUAUUUAGGACUAGCAAGAAGAAAACUGAAUUAUUGUGUAAACUUUUAUAAAUUUUUUUUAGCUGGCAAUUAAGAAUUUUAUAAGUACCAUUCAAAGGAUCUUAUCAUUUUUUUUUCAUAACUCAUUUCACAUUGAAUUAUGUUCUUAUAAUUAGGGGGAGAAAACAUACAGGUUAAGGUGAGAAACCUAAGUUCUGAUACAUGAAAUAUUAGGGUCUACUUCUACCUCAAUUUGGUUAGGAAUUUACUACAAUUUCAGAGCUUUAACAAAAGAUUGAAAUAUACAAUCACUCUUUGCUAUUGCUUCUUUUUCAACUAACAAUAUUUUCAUUCACUUGUAGUAUAUUUUGCUUCUUAAUGCACUUUAUAUUCUCCUUCAUAUUACAGCUCAUUUUAUUUUUUAAGUCUCCAAGCACAAUUUAGUAUUCAGAUUAGCAGCAUAAUCAACUCAAAUCACUCUCACUUUUGCUUAUGAAAACUGUUCAUAAAUCAACAGGGUAUUUGACCAUAAGAUGCUGGGGGCUGUAGCAGAAUACAUUAUUUUUUUUUAAGUUUUUUACUGAUAGAAGCUUAAAACCUGGAUGAACCACUGAGCAUUUCUCUGUUCGAAGUAUUUGCAAUUGUCAGUUUUUAUAAAUAGGAAGAAGAGUAAAAGGAAUGUUGGCCACAUCUGAAAUAAGAAACUUUUUCUUACAGACUUGAGCAAUCUAGUAUGAGUUCCAGAACAUCACUAUAUAUAAUUCAUAUAUGUAAGAGAGAAAUAUGAAGCUAAAAUUUUUUAAAUUAGAAAUUUCACUUGUCCAG